CUCUCCCUCUCUCUCUCUCUCUCUCUCCAAGGACACAACGACUUUGCUUUCUCAUACAUAUUUAUUCUCUCUUAGAAAUCAGCCUUCGUGGUCAUGAAGGCUUAGCUUCUAUAAAACCCAGGCCUGCUCUUUCACGUGAGUUUCAGCUUCAAAUUUCGUUUCUUUGUCCAUGGAGAUGGAUUUAGUUGAAGGAAACCACCACGGGGAUUUCAAUGAGGAUGAAUUUGCUGAGAAUUCAUUUUCUCCAGAAGCUUCUGAUAGAUCUGGUGUUCUUGGUGACCCUGAGAUACCUCCUAGAGUUGGAGAUGAGUACCAGGUUGAAGUUCCCUCUCUAAUAGCCGUUUCAGACUAUCUCUGGCUUUUAAAGAACCCAACUGUUGCAGAAAUUGCUGCUGGUGGUUCCUAUGGUUUAAUAGCGGGGUUGCCCAUACCAGUAAUGUGGAUCAAUGAGGGAGUUGAUGGCAAAAAGCAUAAACCAGAGACUGCUUUUCAUGAUGCAGUUUAUGUAUCCAAUAAAAACGAGUCGCUGAAAUCUGAACAUGUCAGAGAGACCCUGAUUGUUUCAGCAAGUGACAACAUCAAAUGCAAAGUUGAGCCAAUGGAUGUUAAGUUCGAUCAUGGGGUAAUAUCAGGCGAGUCAGCAAAGUUUGCUUUGAAGCAAGAAGUGAUAACUGAAAUGCAUCAGAAUGAUACUGGAAGAGGGUGUCCGGUUCCUGGUUCCGCUGGUGACAACUGGAGUGACAUAGAAGAAGCCAGCUUUCUUCUUGGUUUAUAUAUCUUUGGAAAGAACCUCAUUCUGGUGAAGAACUUUGUUGGGAGUAAAAAGAUGGGUGAUAUAUUAUCGUUCUACUAUGGGAAAUUUUACAGGUCUGACAGAUACAGGAGAUGGUCAGAAUGCCAGAAAAGAAAGAGUAGAAAAUGUAUAUUUGGACAAAGAAUAUUUACAGGGUCAAGGCAACAGGAGCUGUUAUCUCGUUUGCUUCCUGAUGUGUCAGUAGAAUGCCAAAAUACUUUGCUUGAGGUAUCGAAGACAUUUGGGGAAGGAAAAAUUUUACUAGAAGAGUAUGUAUUCAUUUUAAAGGCUAGAUUUGGAUUGAAUGCUCUUGUAGAGGCAGUGGGAAUCGGUAAAGGGAAGCGAGAUCUCACAGGCAUUGCCACAGAGACUUUAAAGUCCAAUCAGGCUGUUCCUGUUCGCCCAGAAAUACCAAUUGGCAAAGCAUGCUCCACACUUACACCAUUGGAAAUAGUCAACUUUCUAACAGGGGACUUCCGGCUAAGCAAAGCCCGAUCAAGUGAUCUAUUUUGGGAAGCUGUCUGGCCUCGCUUGCUUGCCAGAGGGUGGCACUCUGAGCAGCCUAGCCAUGGUUUUUCCACUGGUUCCAAGCAUUCUUUGGUCUUUCUAAUCCCUGGGAUUAAGAAGUUCUCAAGAAGGAAACUGGUGAAGGGAAGCCACUAUUUUGAUUCUGUAACCGACGUCCUGAGUAAAGUUGCUUCAGACCCCGAGCUUCUAGAGCUUGAUAUGGGAGCAAAUAAAGGUUCCGGAAGCAAGGAUGAAAAUGGGUGGACAGAUGAAACAAAGCUGGACGAAGAAGAUUUCCCUAAUCAGCAACGCCACUGUUAUCUGAAGCCUCGUACUCCAAAACGUAAUGGAGAUGUUGUGAAGUUUACCGUUGUGGAUACAAGUCUGUCUAAUGGGAAGACAUCUAAGGUGAGGGAAUUGCGAAGCUUACCAUUUGAAUUGAACACUCCCACCUCCAGUAGUGAUUCUGAAGAUGAUGAUGGGGAUGCUUCUGAGUCAACAGAUAAAUCCAUUUCUGCUGAUAACUUGUGUUCGCAUAGGGAUGAAGUCAAUGUUCCCAAGGCCAUAAAGAUCCGCUUGGGUAGAAAAGAUGACAAAUAUUUUGAAUAUGAUACUUCAAAGUGGGAGCAUCAAGUUUUUGUCCAAGGUGCAGAUAUUCCCAAGGAUGAUAACGUAGGUAUGUGCAAUGACAUGCAGCCCAGAAAAGCUAUGAAGUGCCAAAAGAGCCAGAAAAUGGUGUCUCAAAAUAAAAAUCAUGUUGCCCCUGUUUCAAAACGACGUCGAUUAGCUGCUUGUAGUCGAGCAGAGACCACACGCAGCAUGGACCACGUUUUGCAAGGUCGCUUAUUACAACAAGAUGCAUGCAGCUCUGGAGGCCAUCUUGAACUUAGUGAGAAAACUCCCUCUCAAAUGGACCCAUCUGAAGAGAAGUUAUCAUCCACCAGUACUUCAUCUAGAGGUGGCAGCCCAGUCUUUAUUUCUCUAGAUGCUGAAACUGAUGAACCUUUCACAAUGAUAGAAAGACAAGAUGAUCAAACAAGCCAGGAACUGGAUGAACCCCAUUCAGUGAAAUCCUCCGAAUGUAGGGGUACUUCUGAACAGCAGCCUACAAUUAACUCCCGGAGACAAAGCACAAGAAAUCGACCACUGACCACUAAGGUACUGGAAGCUUUUGCUUGUGGAUUUUUAGACACAAAGCAGAAGCGGAAGAGUACUGAUGCAUUUCCUGGGGACAGCUCCAAGCCAUCUCGUCGUGCUCGUACUAGGAAGAGGGUUCCUGACAGUUUUGAUGCUAGUCUCGCAGAUUUCAAUAUGCAGGAAACCACAGCCGCUAUCCAUAAUAGUACUGCAGAUGGGUUCAGCCAGGUUGACAUGGUUUCAUAA